AUGGGGGUGACGGCGGUUUUUGUCGUCGUUUGUUGCACUAUAGCGUCCGUCGCGUCUAACGGGAAUGAUUUUAAUGAGCUCGUGUCCUCAUACUCUCCAUUACAAGAUGUCCGACACGUGUCUGAUAUUCCUGUCAUCACAGAAGAUGGGUAUUUCCUAAAUGAAUUCCUUCAACCUCCCACUUCUGAUCAAUUCACAUCUCUGUUUCCAAUGCCAUUUGAAGUACGAGCUCUACUGGAGAGAAGCACCAGCUUUGCAAUAAGGAUUAUGAGUUCAUCUUGGAAUGAUUUGGAAAGUACAAAUGUGUUCUUCAAAGGAGACCUGUUGUAUGUGCAGGUGUCUGCUUCACCUGGCCUUGGUCAACAACUUUAUGUUCAGUCCUGCUAUGCAUCAUCUUCUCCAAACCCAUCUGACAAACCUGAAGUUGCUUUUAUCAUUAACAGAGGAUGUGUGGCCUCCAAAAAGUCUUCUGUAAAAUUUGUGUACCGGCAAAGCGACCGAGUCAAUAUGGUUCUUGGUACAUCAAGUUUAAAGUCUUCACAGGUUUAUCUUCACUGCAGAGUCUCUCUUUCUAAUAUGGGUUUGUCCUCUAAUACUAAAUUCUGCAACUACAAUGCAUUCAAAUCCAGAUGGGUUGACCUAAGUGGCCAAAUUGCAGUAUGUCAGUGUUGUGAAAGAAGCUGUAGAAGCCAAUCUGGGCGUGAGGACCUACUUGCAUUGACGGCAAUAGUAAGCACUGGCCCACUGACUAUUAAGGAAAAACUUUCUGACUUGGAAGCCGCACCACUGACUUGGUCUGACUACAGCACCUUUAAGUCCAAACCUGCUGCCAGCACCUUAUCUGAUAAAAGAUGGAUCAUGGCAGGUGCCUCCUUUUCUGGAAACUCAAAGCAGAACAUGGCCGACACCCCUCAUUGGCCCGUUUAUCCUGGUUUUGGGGGUGGUGUGAUGCUCAUAAGCCAAGGGUUGGGAGGUGCUUUAUCAAUGUGGCUACCUGAUCUCAUGGAGCUUCAGUUUAACCCAAUGUUGGAGGUGGGAAAUGGUUUUUCUAAAAAUCCUGCAGUUGUAGGUGUGAACCUUCAAGGUGAUGACCCCUUUAGAGUGCAGAAGAAACCAGAAAGUUUUGAAGACUGGCAGAUGAAACUAGAUCCUAGUGAGAAGACACUGCAAGAGAUGGUUGAUGUGGGUGAAGGCAAAGCUAAUUUUGAAGCUGUUGAUCCAUAUGAUGGUGCAGAGGACCUGGACAUGUGGAACCUUGAAGAUGAUAAUGGGUUGUAUAAGGAAUCAUUUGUGACUGGGAUGGAUGAGCAGGAACAGCCUGAACUUGACAAACCUUCACAGAUAUCAGACUUGCCACCAGAUGAUUUCUCACCACUUCUUGGCACCACCCCUUCUCCAGAUAUGCCCACCAACGGCGUAGAAGAUGAUGGUGAAGUGUUUGUCAGACAAGCAGAGAUGGUCUUUAAAAAGGAUGAAGAUGAGCCAGUUCAUUAUUCUCAACUUAGUCUGAACCAAGCUCCAGAUGGCUCCAGUUCACUUCGUUAUGAAGAACAGAAGAGGUCCAGCAUGAAGAAGCAGGGCAUCAAGUCACCAAAACAAGAACUGGAGAAGAAUGUUGAGAAGGGGGGAAAAAAUCAGAAGGCAGAGAAACUGUAUACAAUUAAAGACCUGGUUUCAUCCCUACUGGAUGUGCUAAGAGGAUUGUGGCAUUGAUUUUUCAAGACUUCAUCUUUUCUUUUGUGAAAAUAUAAACCUAAAUAAAAGUUAUUUUCUUAUUUA